AUGAAAGUCUCCUCAGUCCUACCGGCCCCUGUGUCCCUGGUGGUGCUGGUGGUCAUGGUGACUCUGAUCUCCGCUAAAACAACCGCGCGGCCCAAAUACCCCUACACAAAGAAGCCGCUGCGAGAACUGCCCCAGACCACCAUGGGAUGGCACACCAGCCCCGUGAAAGUGGGCCUGCCCACGGAGCACCCUGUAGUGCCGCAGCCCACGACGGAGACCACCACCGUGCCCAGUGAUCUGGCCUCAGACUAUGGCAUGGGCGGAACAGCGGCCACCGGUGGUGGACAGGAGAACUACACCCUGGAUUAUAACGAGUGCUACUUCAAUUUCUGUGAAUGCUGCCCUCCAGAGAAGGGGCCUAGGGGGCCGAAGGGGGACAGGGGACUGCCAGGUCCUGCAGGUGCAAAAGGUGAAGCAGGCCUGAGGGGACUACCUGGGCUCUCAGGUAUACCUGGAGCCAUGGGACUCAGGGGAGACAGAGGAGAGAAGGGCGACCCAGGAAGCAGUGGAGCUGCAGGAUCUCAUGGGAUGCCAGGGAAGCAAGGAGACAGAGGUGAGGUGGGCCCCAAAGGUGACCGAGGGGAGUUUGGCGCUCCGGGGCUGAAGGGGGACAGGGGGGAGAGGGGCCCCCCAGGAGAGAACGCCACCAAGGGGGAGCCGGGUGACACCGGGAAAGCCGGACCCCCCGGCCCUGUGGGUGUCUCCGGGGUCAAAGGUGACAAGGGGGACAAGGGCGAGUGUGGGGGUCACGGGGAGAGGGCUCAGAAGGGCGACCGGGGCGACCCUGGCCAGCCGGGCAUACGAGGCGAGGCCGGCACCCCUGGACUCAACGGCAUGCACGGCACCCCGGGGCUGACCGGCGAGAGAGGGGAGACCGGCAAGCCCGGCCCGCCGGGGGACGUGGGGCCCAUGGGGCCCCCGGGGGGGAUGGGACUGCGCGGCCUACGGGGGCUGAAGGGGGAUCGUGGCCCUCAGGGCAAACGUGGCGACCGGGGCCCCCGCGGCAUGAAGGGGGUCAACGGCAAGAACGAGGAGCGUCUGCGCUCGGGGUUCAGCGUGGGCCUGUACCCCAGCAAGUCCUUCCCGCCGUCCGGCUUCCCCGUGCGCUUCGACAAGGUCUUCUACAACGGCGAGGGCCACUACGACCUGGCCACCAGCAAGUUCAACUGCACGCACCCCGGCGUCUACGUCUUCGCCUACCACCUGACCGUGCGCAACAGGCCGCUGCGGGCGGCGCUGGUGGUGAACGGCGCCCGGCGCCUGCGGUCGCGGGACACCCUCUACGGGCAGGACAUCGACCAGGCGUCCAACAUGGUGCUGCUGCGGCUGGCCCAGGGGGACCAGGUGUGGCUGGAGACCCUGAGGGACUGGAACGGGGCCUACUCCAGCAGCGAGGACGACAGCACCUUCACCGGCUUCCUGCUCUUCCCCGACACCACCUGAGA